ACCACCGUCCCAUCCACGUGCUCCCACAACUUCUUCAUUCCUCAAUUCCCAAAAUCUCAUCUAUCUCCGAUCCGAUAGAUAAUCCCAUUCCUUAGCUUCUGUCUAUAUAUACACACAUGACACACCCCACUUAUUAUCUCCUCCCAAUCCUCAACAAAACAAGCUUCAUUCGAUCUGCAUAUUUUUCUUCAAUAAAAUAAUCAAAUAUUACUGCAAAUUAAACACUACUUCAAGCUAAUCCAUUACAAUGGCUUCCAAAAAUGUUAGCUUGGACCAAAAGUUGGCCAUGGCGAAGCGCUACUCUCAUGAGGGCGUUGUUGCAGGAGCUAAAGCAGCCGCAGUUACAACCGUAGCAACUGCCAUUCCCAUGUUGGCUAGCGUGAGGAUGGUACCAUGGGCGAAGGCAAAUCUGAACCCGACAGCACAAGCUCUGAUAGUCUCAACGGCGGCGGGGAUGGCGUACUUCAUCGUCGCCGACAAGACUGUUCUCGCUACGGCACGACGGAACUCUUUCAAUCGCCCCGCCGACCACCGUUAAUUGCUUAUUAAAUAGCUAGCACCGUUAUGUAUCUUGUCCGGCCACUUCCCGCCGGUAGCCCGAUCGCUACAUAUGUAUCAGUAAACUGCUAAUACGCCCACCGGCCCACCCUAUCUAUCCAUCCUUCUCAAUAUAAAUAAUUACUUUAUUGUAUAUAUAUGUCCAAACUCGUUAAUAUAAUCACAUUAU